GUUCAAGUCCAGUGUGGUGGUCUUACGAGAAAACUGGCUAAGAGUGACGGAUCCUAAUAGAGAUAUUGAAUGUAAGACUGGUAGACCAUCAGUCGUUCUGGGGAUAGAUUACUACAGUACUCUUUGGGGCAGGUGGAUGCACUCGACAGAUAGUACGCAACAAGCAGAUUCUCAAUUUUAA